GGCCAACAACAGACACUGCAAGCCCCCAUCAUUGUACAGGAAAUACAUUCUAUUAUUGCUGCACUACCGACCGGGAAAUUGCCGGGACUGGAUGGGCUCUCAAAUCAGUAUUACAAGACCUAUUCCAGAACAUUAGGGCCCCACUUACAAAAUUCCUUCCAGGCGAUGCUGCCAGCAGGAGCUGCACUGUCGGAAAUGCUGAUGGCACACAUCGCAACACUCCCAAAACCAGGCAAACUCCCCAACCGGGCCCAAAACCUGAGACCCAUAUCGUUAUUGAAUACAGACAUAUUAGCAGACAUAAUGCUGACCAUUGUAUACGACGACCAG